AUUAACAAAUCUUGUUACUUUCCUCCUCUCUCUCUCUUUCUCGGUUUCUGAAAAGACAUGAAUUUGGAAAAUUAAAGUAUCAUGUUCUUGAACGUUAAAGUAUCAUAUUUAAAAGAUGAGGAGCGUAGUGCUUGUUGCUUUGGCCGCUGCUAUAGGGAACAUGUUGCAAGGCUGGGACAAUGCCACCAUUGCAGGAGCUGUAAUUUACAUAAAGAAAGAGUUUCAUUUAGAGACAGAACCAAAGAUCGAGGGACUGAUCGUAGCCAUGUCUCUCAUUGGAGCCACUGUGAUCACAACGUUCUCAGGUCCUGUCUCUGACCGAGUAGGACGCCGUUCCAUGCUUAUACUCUCCUCUCUCCUCUAUUUCCUAAGCAGCAUCGUCAUGUUCUGGUCUCCCAACGUAUACGUUCUCCUCUUCGCAAGGCUUCUCGAUGGUUUCGGUAUCGGUCUUGCCGUCACUCUCGUCCCCAUUUACAUCUCCGAGACCGCACCUUCGGAGAUCAGAGGUUUGCUCAACACUUUCCCUCAGUUCUGUGGAUCUGGUGGCAUGUUUCUGUCCUACUGCCUUGUCUUUGGAAUGUCCCUUCAAGAAUCUCCGAGCUGGAGGCUGAUGCUCGGUGUCCUAUCUAUACCCUCGGUUAUGUACUUUGUACUUGCGGCUUUCUUCUUGCCUGAGUCUCCAAGGUGGCUUGUCAGCAAAGGCCGCAUGGAAGAAGCUAGAAAGGUUCUUCAGAGACUCCGUGACAGAGAAGAUGUUUCAGGCGAGCUUGCUCUGCUGGUUGAAGGGCUUGGUGUAGGAAAAGACACAUCGAUAGAAGAAUACGUGAUUGGUCCGGACAACGACGAGGAAACCGAGACAGGACAGGAACUGCCGAGGAAAGAUCAGAUAAAACUAUACGGUCCAGAGGAUGGACAGUCAUGGAUGGCUAAGCCAGUGAAAGGACAGAGCUCUCUAGCGUUAGCGUCCAGACACGGAAGCAUGUUAACACGUGGAGGAUCCAUGAUGGACCCGGUCGUCACUCUCUUUGGCAGCAUUCAUGAGAAACUUCCUAAUGAGAACAUGAACGCAUCGACGCGCAGCAUGGUCUUUCCUAACAUGGGAAGUAUAGUGGGAUUGGUGGGAAGGCAGGAGUCUCAGUGGGAUCCAGAGAUGAACAAUGAUGAUGACAGUUCCGACCAAGAUGAAAGCUUAAACAGUCCUCUGCUCUCUCCGCAAACCACCGAGACGGAUGAGUUCAACCAGAUUCCCACUGGGACCAUGCACAGGCGACAGAGCAGCCUGUUUAUGGCUAACGUGGGUGAGACGGCAACGGCUACAAGCAUAGGUGGUGGAUGGCAGUUGGCGUGGAAGUACAACGAGAAAGUUGGUGCGGAUGGUAAGAGGGUCAAUGGAGGGUUGCAGAGGAUGUAUAUUCACGAGGAGAACAACAACAAUAACGCUAACAACAUGGGGUUUUCAAGACGUGGAUCGCUUCUCUCCUCCUUCCAGGCAGAAGCUGAUGUUCCUGCUCAGGAGAAUGGAUACGUUCAGGCUUCUGCACUUGUAAGUCAAGCUUCAAUGAUACCUGGAAUAAAAGGAGAGACUGCAAUGUUGCCACAAGAGAUUAAGGCUGGUCCUGGGUGGAGGGAGCUGAAGGAACCUGGUGUGAAGAGAGCUUUGAUAGUUGGAGUUGGUCUUCAGAUACUACAACAGUUUGCAGGAAUAAAUGGAGUAAUGUAUUAUACACCUCAAAUACUAGAAGAGACAGGUGUGUCUAGUCUUUUGACAAACCUUGGAAUAAGUGCAGAGUCUGCAUCUCUCCUCAUAAGCUCUUUAACUACACUCUUCAUGCUUCCUUGCAUUCUUGUUUCCAUGAGAUUAAUGGAUGUAUCUGGAAGAAGGUCUCUGAUGCUUUCCACAAUCCCCAUUCUAAUAUUGUCACUGCUAACACUGGUGAUUGGAAGCUUGGUGAAGCUUGGAGGUACAGCAAACGCAUUGAUAUCAACAGCUAGCGUUAUGGUGUACCUAAGCUGUUUUGUGAUGGGUUUUGGAGCCAUACCGAACAUCCUAUGCUCAGAGAUUUUCCCUACCUCUGUGCGUGGCCUCUGCAUCACCAUCUGUGCACUCACUUUCUGGAUCUGCGACAUCAUUGUCACUUACACUCUUCCUGUCAUGCUUAAAUCUCUAGGCCUUGCGGGAGUGUUUGGAAUCUAUGCAUUUGUUUGUGCAGUAGCGUGGGUUUUCGUGUACCUCAAGGUACCGGAAACAAAAGGAAUGCCCCUUGAAGUUAUCUCUGAGUUCUUUUCUGUUGGUGCAAAACAACAAGACGCUACAGCUUCGUUUUUCUCUGAUGAUGACUGAAACUUUUCUUUUCUCUGUUGCCUUUCUCAAAGUUUUGCUGCUGUAUGUUGAACAAAAGUUAAAUAAUAAGAAUUACCAUACUUGGA